CUGUCUCUGUUGCUAGCUGUGGCAGCACUGGUGUACACCAAUAUAGAGUUGAAGAACCAGAUGAUCAGUACCAAUAACAUUAAUAAGUUAACAGUUCUAACAACAUGCAAGCUGUCAGAACCAUCAUCCAAGCGGAAGAAUAAAAGCUGUCAGAACCAUUAACCAAGCGGAAGAAUAAAAGCUGUCAGAACAAUCAGUCAGAACAAUCAUGCAAGCUGUCAGAACAAUCAUACAAGCUGUCAGAACAAUCAGUCAGAACAAUCAUGCAAGCUGUCAGAACAAUCAUGUAAGCAAAAGAAUCAUGCAAGCUUCCUGUAAUUCUCUUAUAACAUAACCUGUAACUAUUGGUAUCGAGGACUUAAACAUGCACCUACUGAAAGGAAACAACAAUUAGAAGGGAAACGAUUGCUGCACUAGUAAAACAUACGUUCAGCAACUAUACGAUAAGUCUAUAUAUAAUAACAACCUCUCUAUAACAAGUCAGUGGUAGAGUUUCAACUGUGAAUUAUGGAGCUAAACACUGCCUACAAUGUUGUGCAUGCUAACAGAGAAAUACAAGCAAUUGAUUUGCAGGAAAGCAUUGCCUACAAUGUCAACCAGAGAAGUACCACCCAAACAGACGAAGAUAAUGAGUACAGUACCAUUGUGAACACUGGAUACAAUACUGCUGGAGAUACUAAAUCUAGUGUUUUGGGCAACAAAAGCAACACAGAGAGAAUAAGGCAAGAAGUGGCUAAGAAUGAAUGUGGUGAAAAACGGUUUGCAAUUCUUGUCAUCAUAGCUUUUGUUCUGUCACUGUUGGUAGCUGUGGCAGCACUGGUCUACACCAAUAUAGAGUUAAAGAACCAGAUGAUCAGUACUAAUAAGCAAGUACAGUCCAUGAACGAGCAACUGAACAACCAAUCCAGUCAACAGAAUCAAACCCUACAAGCUCAACUCAGUGAUUCAAUUUUACUCCUUCAAAACAAAUUUUCUGAGCAGCUGAACAGUACUAAUAAGCAAGUACAGUCUAUGAACGAGCAACUGAACAACCUAUCCAGUCAACAGAUUCAAAUCUUACAAGCUCAACUCAGUGAUUCAAUUUUACUCCUUCAAAACAAAUUUUCUGAGCAGCUGAACAGUACUAAUAAGCAAGUACAGUCCAUGAACGAACAACUGAACAACCACAGUCAUUCAAUUUUACUCCUUCAAAACAACUUUUCUGAGCAGCUGAGCAGUACUAAUAAGCAAAUACAGUCCAUGAACGAGCAACUGAACAACCAAUCCAGUCAACAGAUUCAAACCCUACAAGCUCAACUCAGUCAUUCAAUUUUACUCCUUCAAAACAACUUUUCUGAGCAGCUGAGCAGUACUAAUAAGCAAGUACAGUCCAUGAACGAACAACUGAACAACCAAUCCAGUCAACAGAUUCAAACCCUACAAGCUCAACUCAGUGAUUCAAUUUUACUCCUUCAAAACAACUUUUCUGAGCAGCUGAGCAGUACUAAUAAGCAAGUACAGUCCAUGAACGAACAACUGAACAACCAAUCCAGUCAACAGAUUCAAACCCUACAAGCUCAACUCAGUGAUUCAAUUUUACUCCUUCAAAACAACUUUUCUGAGCAGCUGAGCAGUACUAAUAAGCAAGUACAGUCCAUGAACGAACAACUGAACAACCAAUCCAGUCAACAGAUUCAAACCCUACAAGCUCAACUCAGUCAUUCAAUUUUACUCCUUCAAAACAACUUUUCUGAGCAGCUGAGCAGUACUAAUAAGCAAGUACAGUCUACCAACGAGGAACUGAACAACCAAUCCAGUCAACUCAGCAAUUCAAUCCUAGCUCUUUCAAGCAACAUUUCCGAGCAAAAUGAAAUUAUUAUUCGAGACCUCAAUGACGUACAGUCCAUUAUUGCUGAGUUAGGUCCAAUGGCAUUCUAUCUUGGAACAAUCAACAACCCAGCUAGCUCUUGCAGUGACAUCCCUCAAGACCGACCAUCUGGAGAAUAUUGGAUCGCGACUGACGAUACUAGCUCUCCUCUUCAGGUCUACUGUGACAUGAAUCGAACAAGCUGUAGCUGCAACACUACAGGAGGAUGGAUGAGGGUGGCCAACCUUGACAUGACCGAUUCCAACCAAAACUGCCCAGCUGGAUUCAGACAGGUAAACAGGACAGAACCACCAUUGCGUACUUGUGGACGAAUAGAAGAACUAGCAGGAUGUCUGUCUACUACCUAUUCAACGUAUGGGGUGGAGUAUUCGAAAGUUUGUGGUCGAAUUAUUGCAUAUCAAAGCAUUUCACCAGAUGCUUUUCGACCCUAUUCCGAAAACAGAGCUUUAUCUAUUGAUGAUGGUUACAUUGAUGGUGUGAGCCUAACCCACGGACAGUCGCCUCGUCAGCACAUUUGGACAUUUGCUAAUGCACUCGAUGAAACUCGCUCCAAUAAUUUUGCGUGUCCCUGCACAAGAUCUGACCGUCCCUAUACUGGAGUUGUACCUCCCUUCAUCGGUCAAGACUACUUCUGUGAAACUGGAAGCCGAGAAAUAUUGAGGUAUAUCUUCUACCAUGAUGAUCCACUCUGGGACGGUCAGGGAUGCGGGGGUAACAGUACUUGCUGUGAGUUCAAUAACCCACCGUGGUUCUGCAAGCAACUCCCUCAACCCACUACAGACGAUAUUGAGUUGAGGCUUUGUGGUAAUAAAGACAUUGUUGAUGAAGACACACCCAUUGAGAUUGCCGAACUAUACAUUGGCUAAACACUUUUUGUUUUAAUUAUAGUUAGAUCAAACAUAGAAACUGAAUAAUAGCAGUGCUAUAGAAACAUGAUAGCUCUAACAAUUCCCUAGAAUAAUAAUCGUAUAUAGCCUGACGUUUAUAUAUAUUUAGAUCAUGUUUGCCAUAAAUACUGCAAUUUGAUUGGCUAAAGGAAGUGUUCUAUCCAACUUAGAAAAUCAUGUACUUAUUUAGAAAAUCAUGUACUUACUUAGAAAAUCAUGUACUUCACUUAGAAAAUCAUGUAGCAAAGAUUAGAUAAGAACAUUCAAAUCUGAUUGGCUGAAUACUCACGGUUGCUAUGAUCUAAAAUGCUUAGACACUGUUUAGGAAGUUUCCACAUGAUUUAGAAGUCCUCAGGGCUAGUAGAACCCUCACUGCGUUCGGGAUACUACAAC